UAAGAAAAAGAAAACAAAAAGAAUUGAGAUGUAAAUGAAUGAAUUUACUCAUAAUUCUCCACAUUUCUUUUCUUCUACGUUAUAAAUUCUAAAACGCUUUCUCCUCCUUCCGCCUUAAUUUACUCUGCUUACCAUUUUCAGACACCCACUUUUUCUCCUUUUUCUUAUUCUUAAUGUUAUUUGAGUUCCCAUAGUUUCAAAACUAAACUGCUUGAUUUCCAGAUCUUACUAAUCAACAGGUCGAUGAAAAUAUUGAGAAAUUAAAAUGUUUUCUUUUUUCUUUCUAUUUUCCCCCAACUUCACAUUAUGUGAAAGUCACAGAGUUAUCAUUUUUGGAAAAGCAAAAAUGAAUGAAUCACCAAUAUAAGCUCAACAAUAACUGUGUGGUUCAAAUUGCAUCAUGGGAAAAAUUUUAGUAUUAAUGGAAUUUUCUAUAUUAUCUUCACAUCUAUUGUUUGUCACGUGAUAAAAGUUUCGGGUUCAUUGAGACAAAAAUAGAGUUACUCCAACAAGUUGUGAAAUCUAGAGAGUUAUACACAUGGUGCUUAUUACGAAAGAGUUCGUGUGACGUAAAUUUGACGUUGUGGAAUCCACGAAGUCUUCGAGACAAAUGAGUGAAAUUCGUAACUCCACGCUUCCCAACUCCUUGUACCUGGUCAAGCCUUCUUAGGAAUAUAUCAUUUAAUGACAUGUGAAGUAGAAGGAAUAUGUACUAACCGUAGUACUAAUAAAUUUGGCUAGGUAGUCCGGUUUUUGGUUCAGCAGGCUCACAUUCAAUACGUGAAGGAUUCCCAUGCCAUGCCGUACCCCACAACCUUAAUUCCUUCUUUUGUGUCCACCUAUGCCUAAGUGGCUAACUGCAACUCCCAACUUUUUCUGUCAAAACAAAACAAAACUGACCUUAAUUUCCACAUACUCUUCCACAAAAAGCCCCACUUUGAAUCUCAAUACGCAACUCCCUUCUCAAUCAUUCCCCCUCGAUUCUUCAUUUCAAAAUUACUUUACGAAAGCAUCAGCCUAUUACUAACCUUCCAAACAUAACCAACCAUUAAUUAAUGGCCAUUUCUCUGCACAAAACCAGCAUAGUCUGCUACUUCUUUUCUUUUCCUAUUCUUUUACCACCUAUAAAUAUGCUUGCAUUCCAUUCACACCCUCUUGCCUCUUGAGUCUUAACUUACAAAACAAAAACACUUUCCUUCUCCUGUUUCUCUCUGUUUCUUUUCUUUGACAGAGACCCAGCCAUGGAUUUAAGAGGGCUGCUUCAUUCAGUAAGUUAUCUUCUUGGGAACCCAAAUGAGGCCCAUGCCUAUGGUGAAGAGAGAAGUUCAAAAGGGAAAAAGGGUUAUGAAGAAUUAUGCAAUUCUGGGUUUCAAAUGCCUCUUCAUUACCCUCGCUACAAGAAGUCGGAUUAUCAGAAGAUGGAGGAGUGGAAGCUGGAUCUCCUUCUCAAAGAAUAUGGCUUGAGUUUUGAAGGCAGUUUGGAGGAGAAGAGGGCCUUUGCAAUGGGUGCAUUUUUAUGGCCUGAUCAGAAUUGAUAUGCUCUUUUAUCUCCCUCUCUUUCAAAAUAAAGGUUUGAAUUCGACUGUCAUCUGCUGUCAUCUUCAUUUCCAGAGAGAGUUCUAUCCGUUAAGCUCAGCCCUGUACUUGGAACAAACUAAUGGUGUUGGUGCCUGUGAAAACAUAGUCUGUAUCAGUUUAAUAGAAUGUGAUCUCCAUACUACUGUAUAAUAAGAGUAAAUCUUCCUUGCUUCCUUGUCUCUUUUUUUCCUGUAAUGAAGAUGGGUGAAAAUUGAUUUUAUUGCAA